CACACACACAUCAAAACACCAAUACAAACAAUUGUUUAUGUUAUCAACUCCGUGUGGCGACCUAGACAAUCAAACCGGUGACCAGUCAACGGAUAAUGUAGCACAGAUUCACCUGUUCUACCAAAUGUGGCGAUUAAUCUUCGCCUGGUGAGCGACAACUACGCUUGCUGGAAUCAAAUUAUUUCAUCUCCAAUCAAUGCUGCUCUACUUGGAUCGAGCCAUGAAUUUUUCUGCUUUACUGCUCUCUUUGAUCGUUUUACUAACAAUAUCACAUAUUCAAUCUGAUUCCACGGAAAAUCCUCCAAGUGAGGCGAAUGACGACGACUUAUCCGAACUUCUACAAGACUUAGGUGACAAUCUUGGAGAUUGGGCUAGAAAGCUUCUGAAAGUUAGCACCUCACCAUCGAUAAAGAACACUGUCAGGAAUGGGGUGCAUCUUGUUCGCACUAUGCUCGAUAUGUUUUUGGAGGAAUUAGAAGAUACGGACAGUGAAGAAAAAGCGCACGAAGAACUGUGAUGAAACAAAAUUUUAGAUUGUUAAUGUCGUUUUGAGCCGCCUAGCAUGUACAUAUUGUUUUCUUAUCGCCCUCGAGAACACGAGCUAAUACGCGAUGGAAAAGCUCCUCCUGUUUUUCUAUUUCAUGUCAUCGUAAACUAACAUGAAUAUUGUGGAAGGCCCUAUUUGUAUUGUUCUGUACUCACAAGUUUGAUACCUUUGCAUAAUAACAGUUGUCAAACA